AUGAUUGGAUUAACUAUCACAAGAGAUCAAAGCCGAUAUCAAAUGAUUAGCAAAUUAGGUGAAGGUGCGUAUGGAAAAGUUUAUAAGGCAAAGGACACUAAAACCAACUCUAUAGUCGCACUUAAAGAAUCAGUAAUCACUAUGGAUUCUGAAGGAAUCCCAGCUCAGACUAUUCGCGAGAUCUGCCUGCUAAGAGACCUUCUUCAUCCAGGAGUAGUUUAUCUCCAGGACGUCCUCAUAUUAGAAAACAAGCUUUAUUUAAUCUUUGAGUACUUAGAGCAAGAUUUACGCUAUUUUCUCGACAAUUGUGUACUUCCACUGCCUGAGCCGAUCAUAAAGAAAUUCCUGAUACAGCUUCUCAAUGCUUUAAACUACUGCCACUCACAUAGAAUUAUCCACAGAGAUCUCAAGCCUCACAAUCUUCUAUUAGACUCAAAUAACGACCUUAAAAUCGCUGAUUUUGGCCUUGCCAGAGCUUUCCAGAUCCCUUGCAGACCAUAUACAACUUCAGUCCAAACUUUAUGAUACAGAGCUCCAGAAAUUAUUUUAGGCUGCGAAAUAUAUAAUACAGCAAUUGACCUAUGGUCUGUAGGGUGUAUAAUGGCAGAGCUUAUGAAUGGGUAUCCUCUUUUUCCUGGUAGAAAUCAUAUUGAUCAGUUAUUUACGAUUUUCAGACUUUUAGGAACACCUAAUGAGUCUACUUGGGAAGGCGUCACUAAUUUUAGAUAUUAUUCGCCUGAUUUUCCGAAAUGGACACCAGUGCCAUUUGAAAGACUGUUCCCUGGGUUUAGUGAAGUAGGGCUUGAUCUGCUUGAACGGCUUUUGUCUAUGAAUCCUGAAAAAAGGAUUUCUGCUAGAGAUGCUCUUAAUCAUGUAAUGUUUAUUUAGCCUUUUUUGAAGAGCUCAGGAGUUUUGACUGAGAGAUUAAGUAUUCAUUAA